CACUGAGUCACAGCACCAGAGAUUGCGCCAAAGAGUAUUAUUCCGCCACCUCCACUGGCGCAGUACUUGUUGAGAGAAUGUCGAGGGCAGUUGCAGUUCAGAGGUUGCCGUGGGAAGUGCUUGUUGAGAGGUUGUCGAGAGCAUGUCUUGUGCAGUUAUUGUUCUGUUGGGCGAGAUAGUAGAUGCUGUUCGGUUGGUGUAAUGUAUAGAUGGAAGAUGUUGCAAUGAUCACAGUGUAUUUUUCGUCCAAUGUAUAUGGAGGAAAUUCUCCCGCAGUGGAAAACAAGUGUGUUGGAGCUGCACAGAAAUGACUGUAAUGUGCAAGAAAUAAAAUCUUUAAACAUCCUUGUUGAUGUUAAAACAAGGGAGGAGUUUGGACAGUGGUUGGCACAGUUUGAAAACAUAACAAAAACAACUUACACAAUAAGGUGCACUGAACCUGCAUCAGGUAAGUAUAUUGUUUUCAAACAAAGGCUGGUCUGUCACCAUAAUACUCGCAGUAUAAAAGUUCAUGGUUCAGUGCAAAGGGCAACAAAAAACACUAACUGUCCAUCAAAAAUGACAUUGACAAUUCACGCUGUGCAUGAUAGAUACAGAGGUAAGUAUGUAGAGAAAGCAAUGCUCUGUAAGGAAAUGCCGUGUGAGGUUAACUUGGUGUUGUGUCAUAACCUCAGUGUUGAGAGUGCUGCUGCUUUAAGAUUUAGGCAACCAUCAAGUGAUGUCAAAGAAAAAUUAAUCUCCCUGUUUGAAAGAGGUCGUUCACCAGCCACUGCUCUUGAGUCAAUAAAGGUUGAAAUUCAGCUGAAUUGUUCAGAUUACCCUUUAGUCCUUGCAGACAGAAGCAGGUGUCCUGAUUACAACUUUUGCCACUAUUUGUUCAAUAAAGUUUUUAAGAAAAAGUAUGGGCCAACAGACUUCAAUAAAGAAGGAAAGCAUCUGUUGCAACAGAGGUUAGAGGAAUACAACAGCGAAGUUGGAGCUGUGUGUGCCAAGAUGAUUCAGAAAGAUGAUGAUUAUAUAGUAUGCAUUUGCUCACCACUGAUGCAAAAAGUCCAUACUCGUGUAAAAGCUGCUUCCAAACUUGUAUUUAUGGACCACAAGCUGCGGAGUUGUAGAAAUGGGACUAGAGUUGCUGAAAGAGAUAGUGGGGGAAAAUAUUUUUGGGGAAACAUCAAUGGCCCAAGUGUGUUUCUGACUGACGACAGCCAGUCAGAACAAAAUGCAAUUAGAAGGUGCUUCCCAAACACAAAAACUUUGUUGUGUAUAUUCCAUGUCCUGCAGACAGUGUGGCGCUGGCUUCUCAAAGCAAAAAAUGCUAUACCACAGCAAAAACAGUGUGCGUUCUUCCAGAAUUUAAAAAAAAAAAUAAUGUUUGCGCAAACAAAAAAUGAAGCAGUGGUAAACUAUAAUGUAACAAGAGCAAACAUUGGUGUAGAUCAUCAAAAUUUAUUGAAAUACUUGGAAGGGUAUUGGGAUAGGAAAGAACUGUGGACCCUUUCACAUCGACGAGGUAUGCUUAUAGAAGGGCACAACACAAAUAAUAUAAGUGAGGCCUUCAUGAGAAUUUUAAAGGACAGGAUUUUUGAGAGGGUGCGUGCCUUCAAUGUGGUUCAGAUGGUGGACUUUUUUCUCACGAAGGUAAAUUUGUAUUUUCAGAGGAGACUUCUUGAUGCUGCUAAUGGAGCAAGUCCUAAGUAUUUCUGUCGGCCUAUAAAGGCUCCUUCACAGGAGAUUCUAGCAAAAAUCAGAAAAGUCAAUGAGGAUGUUCUGCUCAUUCCCAGUGAAGAAAGGGAGAAUCACUAUUACAUUGUUAAUAUGGCUGUUCUUGUUUGCACUUGUUGCCAAGGCAAUACAGGGAAGAUCUGUAAACAUAUAGACUGGGGCAGUACUGUUUUACCAUCAGGAAACUACAGGGAGGUGACGGAUAGUGACAGUAUACGUAGACAGUAUUAUUUUAUUGCUACAAAUGAGGAGCCUCCUGAAGGGUGGCUAGAGCCUCUGUAUUGCUCUCAGAAUGCAGGGGCUUCAAAUUCUUCAGAACGUUUGGAGCAAAUGGACACAGGAUUGCUCUGUGAAAGCCAAGAAGAGAUGCCAGACACACUUCACAUGGAGACAGUUCCAGACAAGAGAAAUAUAGAUUUAAUAGAUGAGAUAAAAGCUCGUCUCAUAGAUUUUUCAAAUAAAUCCCCCGAGGAAAUGAGGAAAGGCCUUGAAGUCAUGUGCGAAAAAUUGAGAAAGCUUAAAACACUAUCUGCAUGUGUAUCUUAUUUGGCAAAUUUUGGUGAAGGAAAAUCUAGAAAAAAUUGUGGUAACUAUAUUCCCGUUCAGCCCACUGCAAUAAGCAGAAGAAAAAACAAGUUGGCAGGUCGCAGAUGUCAUCCGGGGGGAAGACAAAGACCACAUUCUAAGCAAAGCAAGGAAUUUGUGAAGACAGUAGAAAUUUCUGAAAUGGCUACCUUUCCAUCACCAGCUACGCAAUCAUGCCAGUCAGCUUCAGACUUUUGAAGGUGCACGACUGUUUACUGCAGCAUAGUGUGUAGGAUUUCCUUAAUCUGAGAUCCAACCUAAUGGAAAUAUUAAGGGAAUGAGUGUAGUAAUUAAGUUUUUUCUUAAAGCUCAGGCCUACCCUGACUGCUGAAAUAUAUGUUUUUUUCUUGUAGCUCGCUCGGGUCUAACCCCAUUAUUCCCGGCGGGGUCAGUUAUUUUCUAUGCCUCAUGAUGACUAGGUGUGUGUGUGAUGUCCUUAGGUUAGGUUUAAUUAGUUCUAAGUUCUAGGGGACUGAUGACCAUAUAUGUUAAGUCCCAUAGUGCUCAGAACCAUUUUCUAACCCUGUUAUUGAAAUAAUUUUUUUCUUAAAGCUCAGACCAAACUUACUAUUGAAAUAUAGAAGUUUUUCUUUAAAUUAGGAUAUCCCAACAAUGUGGAUACUUAUUUUGUAUGUUGCAUACCUUUCUGGGAAAUGUGAAUUAUCGUUUCUUAAAAUGUAAACUACAUUUUAUAUUCUGCAGUAUGACUUUUUUUUAUUUACAUCUGUUCCUUCAGGUUACAUGUAGCUUCUUUAAUUUGUCAUAUAUCUGCUUUCUGAAGUAGUUCUGUCAGUUGAUAAUGAAAAAUGUUUCCUGCAUUUUAAUAUAUAUUGGCAAUAAUAAACUGUAAUA